GCCAAUUCGCCAGCGGUGGAAGAGCGCCAGGACAGUGGAGUAGUGGGAUUUGGAUCGAUCGCUGGAUCCAUUUUGGAUCGAUUGGGCGCCAGGAGGGCAAAAUCUCGCUCACAGGUUUGUGUUUCGAUUCAUCCAGCCGCGAGGAGGUGGAAAGAAUUGGCAAGAGCGAGAGGAAGAAGAAGCAAAACAAAAAAAAAAAAAAAAUUAUCAGGCGCAUCGACGGUUUUGAUCGCCCUUGCAUUUAGCUAGAGGCGGUUUCUUCCUCUCUCGCGGUGGUUUCCAAGAAUCAAGAUAGGUUUGGGGGAAGUUCUAGCUAGCGCUAGCGAGGAUUUUGGGGAGCUGGAGCUGUGAUCGAUCGAUAAUCUACCGACAGGCGCUCUGGAUCGCCAGAUGAUGGCUAGGGUUGGGAGAGCCGAUGCGCUCGCCGCCCAGCGCGAGGGGAUCUCCAGCCUGAGCAGCGUGAUCAGGGAUCACCGGAUGGCAAUGGGAAGCACCAGCCGGCGGGACAGGCUCCUGGGCGUGAAUUCCUCGCUGGAUUUCAAUGGGAGCUCGAGCGAAGCUAGCGAAUUCAAGGAAGAGGAUGUCUGGGGGAUUGUUCCAGCGGCGGUGGAGCGCAGCAAAUCCUCGCUGAGCUUGGAGGACGUGGUGUCGGAUCACCAUUCCACCUCCAGCUUGGUGGGAUCGUCGGGCAAGCGCGGCCUUGCGCUGGAUUACUCCUCUGGAGCUCUCGGCCUCUCCUCGAUCGCUCGCAGCAGCUCCACUGCUUCUUCCGGCGGUGGAGGCGGGCGAGUGACAUCGGCGUCGAGGAUGAUCCCGCAGAGGGUGGCGGGCUCCGGUGUUGGUGGCGGCGGCGGCGGAAAGGCGGCGAUCCAGCACCAAUCCGCGCCAGUGAACGUCCUGGACUGGUCGAGGAUCCUCGGCAGCAAGAACAAGGAUCGCUCCUCCGGCAAUUUUGGAGAGGAUGGAACCGCUGGUGGCGUGGUCGACGAUCUAGAGGAUGAUGAAGACGAGAAUUUCUCGGUGGAGAAGCUCCCUCCUCACGAGCUCGUCGCGAGGAGCCAGACCACCACCUUCUCGGUAUUCGAGGGCGCCGGGAGGACGCUCAAAGGCCGGGAUUUGAGCCGCGUGAGGAAUGCCGUGCUCAAGCAAACGGGCUUCCUCUAGACCUCUUCCUCCAUCGCCCAAGAACACAAGAAAAAAAAAAAAAAAAAACCCGAAAACAAGAGAAGAAAACAAACAAAAAGAAUUGGAGCUGUCUAGAGCUCAUCGAUAAUUCAUCGUUUUUUGAGAGAUCAAUCUCAUCAAUGAUUUCAAUCACACAAG